AUGACCAACAACCGUCCCACUCACGUUGAGAUUAGCUCAAAUCAGGGUAGCAUGAUGAAUCAGGGGGCAGCCGGGCGGAGAGGGGGUAGCGGGGGAAGUGGUGGCAGUGCGGCCAAGGUGGGCGGAAACAACGAGGGGUUCGUCGAAGUCAAAUCCAAGUUCGAUGCCGAGUUCCGGCGGUUCUCGGUGGACAAGUCCAAGUAUCAAACUUUCGAGACCUUUCAAGGUCUACUCGAGGAGUUGCACCUUCUCCACAAGUCGCCGUUCCUGAUCAGUUACAUCGAUCCCAAAGACAAUGACCUUCUUCCCAUCAAUAACACGGACAAUUUCUUACGUGCCUUGCGAAACGCCAAGCCGUUGUUGCGGCUCGUCAUCCAGAGACAAGGCGAGUGUGAGACCACGUUGUACUCCAGUCGAUCGAAUAAAGGGUCGUUGUUGAAUUCAGUGAUAGGUACGCCAAAGCAGUCAAAGACCACCAUAUCCAUAUCCCAGCCUUCGGAGUUCCGUCAGGUGUCAGCGAUCAUCGAUGUGGACGUGGUCCCCGAAACCUGUCGCAGGGUCCGACUGCUCAAACAUGGGUCAGACAAACCCCUCGGGUUCUACAUCCGAGAUGGGACGAGUGUCAGAGUGACACCGGCGGGGCUGGAAAAAGUCCCUGGGAUCUUCAUCUCCAGACUAGUGCCCGGUGGGCUGGCCGAGAGCACUGGUCUGCUCGCCGUCAAUGAUGAGGUCCUCGAGGUCAACGGGAUCGAGGUGGCCGGAAAAAGUCUCGAUCAGGUCACGGAUAUGAUGGUGGCCAACAGUUCGAACCUGAUUAUCACGGUGAAGCCCGCCAAUCAACGGACCUUGAUGCCCAGACGAGGGUCCUUCUCCCGUACAUCGAACAUGUCACAUGGAUCGCUCUUGUCCAAGAGCUCCACUCAGAGUGGCACUGGAUCUGACGAUCAUGAGGACGAGGACGAGAUCAGAGACCUAACGAACGCCAAUAACCAUGAUCACCACCACCACCACCACCACCAAAAUCACCACCACUCGUCCAUGGGCCCUCCGAGCCUAGAUCCUCGGAGCAGUUCCACCUACUCUAGCAAUCACAGUAAAAAGCAAGUCUUACAUCUGUGACCUGCGGUUCCUUCAGCCAUAUCAUCCAGAUGACCCUCCGACACAAUUGAAGCUACAGCUCCCACCACGACUUAUACAACUACAAAUCAACAACAACUUUAACUUCUGUGACUUUGACAACGAAGACUUCCGCCAUCAGACAAAGCACUUUGACUUUCCAACUUCCAAAAGCAGUUGUCCAAAUCUUGUUGUUCAACUGAAUCCGACCCUAUCCUUGUGAAUCCGCGUGAUCAUAUUGUACUCAACGCCUUCCCCGCCCAUGCAAGAAGGCGGGUUUUCAAUCAACUUUUAUGGAUUAAUAUUAUAACAACAAAACUCUCGUUUUACUUUCCGCUGCUACCAAGUGCCCUUCAAAGGCAAUCAAUCGACCGCCGAGUGUAGUGUUGAAGAAUCGCAUUCUUCGAGAGAAAAAAAGUGUGUUUUCCUCCAUCCGUGAUGCAAUGACUUUUUAGUGCUUUUUCGGUGUGAUACUGUGCACUGUACAUUGUGCAGCUCUUCAACGAGAAUUCAAUCAUCCUCAUGGCCAUUCAUUCAAACAGUAUCUUCGAUUACGAUCGCAUUCCAAAGUAGCUAUACCAUCAUCAACAACACUUUUUAUUUCAAAAAAAAGUAUGUCAUUCGUAAAAAUACAAUUGCAUUUUGAUCAAUCUUCCUGAGAAAUGUAUAUUUUGUACAAUAAAUCGAUCAAUUCUCAA